CGCUCCUGCCGAGUUGCGACGUAGCCGCAUUGGAUUCUGGGACAGCAGGCGGUGGAGGUCAGAGAAGAGAAACUCCAGCUUCAAAAUGUCGGUUGCUGGUUUCACGUCCUUGAGCCGUUGCAGUGUCUUGGCCUUCCGCGCUUCCGCUGGACCGGUGGCGGUGCGAUAUGCCCAGACGGCUGCGGCUCCAGCAGCUCAACCCAGAAUAAAGAAGUUCCAGGUGUACAGAUGGGACCCAGACACUCCAGGAGACAAACCCCGUAUGCAGACCUACGAAAUCGACCUUAACACUUGCGGCCCAAUGGUUCUUGAUGCUCUCAUCAAGAUUAAAAAUGAGAUGGACUCCACUCUGACCUUCCGCCGCUCCUGCAGAGAAGGAAUUUGUGGAUCCUGUGCAAUGAACAUUAAUGGAGGAAACACACUUGCGUGUCUCAACAAGAUUGACACCAACAUCAGCAAACCAACUAAGAUUUACCCUCUGCCACAUAUGUAUGUGGUCAAGGACCUGGUGCCUGACAUGAGUAACUUCUACGCACAAUACAAAUCAAUUGAACCCUACUUGAAGAAGAAGGACGAGGCAAUGGAGGGGAAGGAGCAGUACCUGCAGUCUGUGGAGGACAGACAGAAGCUGGACGGGCUGUACGAAUGUAUUCUGUGCGCCUGUUGCAGUACGAGCUGCCCAAGUUACUGGUGGAACGGAGACAAAUACCUUGGGCCUGCUGUGCUCAUGCAGGCGUAUCGUUGGAUGAUUGACUCACGAGAUGAGUUCACAGAGGAACGUCUGUCCAAGCUCCAGGAUCCUUUCUCCCUCUAUAGAUGCCACACUAUCAUGAACUGCACUAAGACCUGCCCCAAGGGCUUGAAUCCAGGGAAAGCGAUCGCUGAGAUCAAGAAGAUGAUGGCCACAUACAAAGAGAAGAAGUCUGCAGCUGUCUGAAAACCUCUGUAGAAGCUCUUGUACAACUUGUCCCUCCAUGAUUAAAUUAUAUAUUGAUUAACUGAUAUUGCUUAUUGUGGUCUGAAUGGCCAGUACACCAGUCGUCCUGCAGACUGCUGGGUGUAGCCUGUCAUAUGAAACAGGAGUGUGUGAUCAGACGACUUGGUGUUACACAAACGCACAUGUACAGUAUGAAUGCAGGAGAGAGAGAGUGUCUUAGUCUUACAUGUACCAUAACACAGGUAUUUAUCUCCAACUCUACUCCGUGUGCGUGUUUGUGUGAGUGGGAGAUUUGAUGCUGCGCAUUUAUGUAAAGAUUUGGCUUUUUCUUGCAUGUAAACAUUUUUCUAGCUUGUUGCUUUUCAAACCAGUAGCUGGCUCACAAACAUCCUGUGUAUACAAUCCAUAACACAUCCAACACCAACAGCACCAUUUGUGUUGAAUUAAAAUAAAUGAAAUACCUGCA